AUGAAGAUUCAUACAAUCGAUGCCGGCCACGGGCCCCUCCUCAUCUCCAUUGAGGCCCUGCGAUCCUUGAAGGCUAUCAUCGAUUUCUCCACCGACCAGGCCGUGUUCCGCAGUAUUAGUGAUAAACAUGUGGUGCAAUUGCAGCGCUCAGCAACGGGCGCCGCGGCCGGGCAGCUCCUCCCGGAUUUUUACAACCCACGCCGCAGCCUCCUUGUGUACAAGCCAGCCAUCCUGUUCGUGAUCAUCUCAUCGCCGCCGACAAUGGCUUCGAAGAUCACCAAUGCUCAGCUCCGAGCCGCGAUUCGGAACUACGGGGAGGAGCCACCUACCCGGCGGAACAAAGCCGAGCUUGUGACCAGGCUGGGCGAGCUGGAGACCAUCCAUGGGGAGAGCGACACCACCACCUUGAAGUUGAAGGCGGACAAACCCCUCCAGGAGAUGAUUCAGAAGCUCAACCGUGCAGCCAAGACCAAGGCUACUUUGGUGGCAUUCAUGCAGGAGUUGGGACUCAAGCCGAAUGCCAACGACACGAUCUUGAAGAUGGAGAAGACGGCGAUGAUGGAGAUCUACCGCGUGGUGGAGCCGCGCGGGUCGGACUACGUCGGCUUCGGCAAGUUUGCCCAGAUGACCUACGCGGAGUUGCUCAACCAGGCUCCCUCCUACGCGGCCUGGGUCACAAGGACAGCAAGCGAGUCCGAUUCGCCGGAUCCGAAGCUGGUGCGACUUGCUCGUUGGCUGGAGCUUGCAGAGGAUGUCGAGAAGCCCACCACCAACAAGAUGAGCCCAGCGAAGGCCUACCACCUGAAGGAGCCCGAGAUCCCCGAGAAGGAGAUGUCCAUGAUCGCAGCCAGCAGUCACCAGGAACCCCGCCGCAGUCGGGGAUACCAUUCGACGGCCGAGAAGGACUACGAGGAUCCGCAGACACAGGUGAUGAGAACCUUGGUGGAAGCAGUGAAGGGCCUCAAAGAGGAGAUCCAGGAGCUCAAGGAGGACAAGCAUCGCAAGCAGAGGGCGGUGACGAGCCAGAAGCAGUGA